AUGCCCUUGCCCUUUGAAUUUGAGGGGAAGGAGUUGGAUUUAGAGCUUGUUUUCAAUAAUAAUAAUAAUAGGGCUAAUUCAUCUUGGUGGGGGAGCAAUAAUUUGAACGGUAAUUGUGUUUUGAAUAGCUGUGGUGAGCCUACAUCUGUACUUGAUAUUGAAAGGAGUCCCAGAAGGGCUAUAUCUUCCUCAACCCUGUCUUCAUCUUUAGGCGGCGGCGGCGGAGACAUAGCUGGUGGUGGGGCUGCUUCCACUGACACGGCCGGGGUGGCGGCAGUUUCAGGUGACAAUGAGAAAAACCCAUCCUUGAAAUGGCUGCAAGACUCCACUACUGCCACCAGCUCCAACACGGGAGUUGUUUCUCAGUUACUGCCUGCUCCUCCAUCUCUCGAGAUUGGGACUGCCGCCGCCGCCGCCGCCGCCGGCGGAAGCGCCGCCGGAAAAUGUGCAAUGGACGAGUGGGAAAGCGUGUUGUCGGAGUCUGCGGUUGCCUCGCCAAGCCAUGAGCAGUCCAUUCUGCCGUGGAUCAUGGGGGAUGUGGAUGACCCGGAAAUGGGCAGCCUGAACAAGGUUUUUCAAUUUGGGACUACCCCGCCGCCGCCCACGGUGGACUUUGAGUUCAACGGUGGUUUUGGGGUGGUGGAUCAAGCCUUUGGCACGGACUCAGUUGGCCAGUUUGGUUCAAAUUUUAUGCACAGCUCUAGUUCCCCCAGCAACAGAUCCAACGAUGAAAAGAUUGAAAUGAAGGCUCCCAUUUUCAACCAACAGAUGCUGAUAAACCAGAACCAAACUCAACAUCCACAAAACCAAUCAUUUUUCUUGCCACUGUCAUAUGCAAACCAGCAUGAACAGAAUCUUUUCAUGCCACCCAAGGCAAAAAGACACAACCCGCGGGCUGCCAGAGAAGGCCUCGAGCCAGGUGGUCAAAUACCGAAAGGGCCGUUUUCAGUUCCUGGGAAAGAGCUGUUGAUGGGAAGACAAGUCCAGCAUCAGCAGCCAAUGUCUUAUCAGCUUCAGUUACUUCUGCAGCAAAGGCCACCCGGAGCGUUGGGCCCAGGACCAAAGCCAAAGAUGGGUGGGGGUGAUUUAGCGUAUUGCCAUCAGCAACAGCAACAACGGGCUAUAAUUGAUCAGCUUUACAAGGCCACAGAGCUGGUCCAGAUGGGAAUUCCAACACUUGCUCAAGAGAUAUUGGCGCGGCUCAAUCACCAGCUCUCUCCCAUUGGCAAGCCUUUCCAUAGAGCUGCUUUCUACUGCAAGGAGGCGUUGCAAUUGACUAUUCAUAAAAACAACAAUAUGAUCCCUUCUACCGCGACUGCUUUGCCUUUUAGUCUCAUUUUCAAAAUUGGUGCCUACAAAUCUUUCUCUGAGAUCUCACCCCUUGAACAAUUUGCCAAUUUUACUUGCAACCAAGCCAUCCUUGAAGUCGUGGAAGGAUUUGAUAGAAUUCAUGUUGUGGAUUUUGAUAUUGGUUAUGGUGGGCAAUGGGCCUCGCUGAUGCAGGAGCUUGCAUUAAGGAGUGAGGGUGCACCAUCACUUAAAAUCACUGCAUUUUCAUCUCCCUCAACCCAUGAACAGCUAGAGCUCAGCCUCACCCGGGAAAAUCUAAUUCAUUUUGCUAACGAAAUCAAUAUUGUGCUUGAGUUUGAGGUUAUGAGUAUUGAUUCUUUGAAUUCUGGUUCUUGGUCUCUGUCUUCUCAAGUAUCAGAGAAUGAGGCGAUAGCAGUGAAUCUCCCAGUUGGUUCUCUUGCUAUUUAUCAGUUGUCAGUACCAUUGGUUCUUCGCUUUGUUAAGCACCUGUCCCCAAAAGUUGUGGUUUCUGUGGACAGAGGAUGUGAUAGGAUUGACCUACCAUUUCCCGACCAUAUAAUUCAUGCUCUUCAAUCCUAUUCGAACCUGCUUGAGUCUCUAGAUGCUGUCAAUCUGAAUAUGGAUACUCUACAAAAGAUUGAAAGGUUCUUGCUCCAACCAGGAAUUGAGAAAAUAGUGAUGGGGCGUUUUCGUGCUCCUGAAAAGUCGCAGCAUUGGAGGACUUUAUUUUUGUCAUCCGGAUUCUCCCCCAUAACAUUUAGCAAUUUCACAGAAUCACAAGCUGAGUGUGUGGUGAAGAGGACUCCUGUUCAGGGAUUCAAUGUAGAGACAAGGCAGUCUUCACUUGUUCUUUGCUGGCAACGGAAGGAGUUGAUCUCUGCAUCGGCUUGGAGAUGCUAA